AUGAUGAAAGGAACAAUUUUUUAUUUUUUUAUAUCCUUUUUUGUAUUUUUUUUACACACUGUUUCAUCACAGGAAGAGUCAAACAAUACAAAGAAUUAUAACAAUGAAGAUUAUAAACAAUUAGAAGAAUUAGAAAAAUAUAUUGAUAAUUUAAGAAAUACAGUUACACACAAAUUUUUUGAAAACUAUAAAGAUGAUAUUCAAUCAUUAAAAAAAAAAAUUCAAAACAUUGAAAAAAAGAAUAAUAAUAAUGUAACAGGUCAAGAUAUGGACGAUGAUGAUGAUGAAGAAGAUCAAAAGAGUUAUGAUGAAAAUGACGAUGAAUAUAAUGAUCUUGAUAUUGAACAAAAUAAAUUAUUACAAAGUAAUAUGAAAUCUUUUUUAGGACAGAGUGGAGAAACUGAUACAGUUCAGCUUCAAGAAACAAAUGGACAAAAUAGUGAAACUGCAGCAGGUGAAGGUAAAGAAAAUCAAGAAGUUGAUAGAGCUCAAACUGAUAAUAAAUCUGAAGAAAAUGGUCAACCUAAAGCAUCUCCACUUCCUUCAACAGAAAAACAAAGUUCUUCAUUAGAAAAUACAAGUGACAAAUCAUCUGGUAGCGCAAAAGAUCCAAAAAAUGGUGAUGAACCACAAAAAGCUGCAGUAUUGUCUAAUUUAAAAUAUUUAGAUAAACUUUACGAUGAUGUUCUAAAAGAUUUAGAAAAAGAAAAUGAUAUGAAUGAUAGUACAUAUAAUAGUAGUUAUAAUAAUUUUAAAAAUAAAUUUGAUCAAUUUAUAUUGAAUGAUUAUGAAUAUAAAUUACUUAAGAAACUCAUUCUUGAUUUAUUUAAAGGUGAUUCAGACAAUAAUAAAACAAAAAACAAAUUCUCCGAUGCUUUAAAAAAAGCUUUAGAAAAUGAAACAUUUUCUCAAGAAUUUAAAAAUGUAAUGUAUGGUUUAUAUAGUUAUGCUAAACGUCAUAAUUAUCUAAGAGGAAAAACGGAAAAUGACCAACUUUACAAUAAGGUAUAUCAAAAUGCUAUAAGCUUAUUAGACACUCUGAUGACAAAAAAUUUUGAGAGUGAAACAAAUGAGAAAGUAACACAAGUACCAGAAUCAAAACAACCAGAAGCAAAACAAGAAGACAAAGAAGAAGAAGAAGAUAAAAAAGAAAAAGAAGAACACGAAAAAGAUGAAGAAAAAGAAGAAGAAGAGGAAGAAGAAGAGGAAGAAGAAGAAACAGAACAACAAAAAGGAACAGUAUCAGGAACACCAACACCACAAUGA